AUGAGACUCUUCGAGACUGGAGCUUUGCUGCUCGCUUCGGCGGGUCUUGUCACUGCACGAGUAGCUGCCGCAGCCGCCUGUGCGCUUCCAUCAACAUACCGCUGGAAUUCAACUGGUGCAUUGGCCAAUCCAAAAUCAGGAUGGGCGUCUCUCAAAGACUUUACUCACGUCACCUACAACGGGCAGCAUCUCGUCUUUGGAUCGUUCCACGACACUGGAUCAAUCUGGGGGUCCAUGAACUUUGGCCUGUUUAGCGACUGGUCUAACAUGGGAUCAGCCAGCCAGAACAAGAUGAAUCCAGGCACUGUUGCGCCCACACUCUUCUUCUUUUCUCCCAAAAACACUUGGGUCCUUGCCUAUCAAUGGGGACCAACUACCUUCUCCUACAUGGCAAACAGCAAUCCCUCGAGCGUGAGUGGAUGGUCGUCGCCGCAGCCUCUCUUCUCUGGAACUAUAUCCGGAGCGAGCGCUAUUGACCAGACAGUCAUUGGCGACAGCUCCAACAUGUACCUCUUUUUCGCUGGGGACAAUGGGAAGAUCUACAGGGCUAGCAUGCCUAUUGGAAACUUCCCGGGCAACUUUGGCACGGCCUCGACGGUGGUUAUGAGCGAUUCGACCAAUAACCUGUUCGAGGCCGUCCAAGUCUACACCAUCUCGGGCUCCAACCAAUAUCUCAUGAUUGUCGAGGCCAUUGGAGCAAACGGACGCUAUUUCCGAUCCUUCACCUCCAACAGCCUGAGCGGCUCAUGGACGGCGCAAGCCGCAAGUGAGAGCAAGCCUUUCGCCGGCAAGGCGAACAGCGGCGCUACUUGGACCAACGACAUCAGCCACGGUGAUUUGAUUCGCAGCAAUCCUGAUCAGACCAUGACGAUUGAUCCUUGCAACUUGCAGUUCCUGUACCAGGGCCGAGCGACCAACUCUGGGGGCACCUACGAUCUUUUGCCCUACCGACCAGGUCUGCUAACUCUGCAGCACUAA